AUGAAGAUCCCUAGCCACAUCUCCUGCCUUCUCCUGCUGAGUUUCGGGACCUGUUUCCCCGCCAACAGCAUUCAAGUGCCAGCAAACCCUGGAGAGGAAGUGGUACAAAAGGAUCCUGGCCUUUGGGAGACCCCAUCUCUGAAGUGGCGGCGUUCACCCAUGGACCUCAGUUCUCUCUUCAGCAUCGCCAAAGAGCUUCAGAGCUUUGGGAAAGAGAAGGCGGGGAUCCAAUUCCGAUUUGGGAGGCGGGACAUGGACGAGAAUCCCAACGCCGUCAAGGAUCUGCUGGAGGAAGGGGGUGAGAAAGGGGCCAGCAGUUUGGAGGCCCUCGCAGAAGAGUUGAAUGGCUACUACAACGGGAAGAAAGCUGGCUUUAGCAUCUGGUUUGGAAGAAGAAAACGAGAAGCUUUUUGUUCCAAAGGUACCCUUCUUGGAGCUCCAAAGCUCUGA